UUGGGUAGCAAGCCAAGAAAAAUCUGUAGGGUUUUUAUGUACAAGUUAUUUAAAACUGAAAUUCAAUUGGUGGAAUUUGAUGUCCGUUCCUCUUUUCUAAACAUGAAAACAAAUAACAUAGGCAUACUGUUAUACUUCCUAUUGAAUUUGGACAAUACAACACUUACAGACUAUGUAGUAGCUGUAGGCCAUAGCAAACAUUUUCCUUCAUGUUGUAAUAUUUACGAUCUGAGAUCAAUAUUGAACUGCUUUAAACAUAAUUUAUAUUCUUAUUAUAAAAACAAAAUGCAUGUUGAAAAUUAA